UAACAUACUUUAAAUUUGCUCUCGAAUUUGUAAUAGCUUGAUGUUUUUGUAUUCAAAUUAGUGUUAUUGUACCCAUAAAAAAACACAAACAAAAAUGUCCUUUUGAUUUUGAUAUUCAUACUUUGCUUAUAUGAUUAGGUUCCUUAAUCCUCAUUGCUUUACUGUGCACCGAUUUACCUUUCACCAUAAUGUCAUUUGUGUUGGUUAAAUUUAUUACAUUGUUAUUGUGUUAAUGUAAGAUGUAAGGUUCCCUGUUUUAGCUCCUGGAAUUGGUAUAUUAGCUUAGAUUUAGUACAUUAUUACUGUGUUAGCCUGUUGAGUUUUUGGUAUGAGCUGAAUUUCAUAGAGUAUUUGAGUAGGAAUCUUUGAAAGUUGGUCCAAGCAUGGGGUUUAACUUAGUUGUUUAUUGUGAGUAGUGAAAUUUAUGGACCAAAAAGGUAAAUAACCCAAGUCUUUGGAAUUUGAGGUUUAACUUAGUUGAUCUUGUGAGUAGGAAUUUUGAAACUUAAUGGACCAAAAAAGUAAACAAAACUUGGAUUUAACUCGGUUGAUUCUCGUGAGUAGGAAUGUUGAAACUUAGUGGACCAGAAAAGUAAAUAAAACGAGUCUUCGGAUUUGGAGUUUAAUUUAAUAGGUUCCUGUGAGUAAGAAUAUUGAAAUUUAGUGAACCAAAAAAUAAAUAAAACAAAUUUUCAAAUUUGGGGUUUAACUUAAUUGAUUCUGGUUGUUACUUUUAAAAUAUGAUAUAAAAUCGAAAUUCUAGCAUAUGCUAUUAGUAGAAGUAUUUACACAUGCACAUGUAUGUAGUGGUGAAUGCCUUGUUUGGUAGGGCAACAAAUUAGUGUUAAAGUUGUGUUUAGAGUUACUCCAUUUGAUUUAUUAAUAUGAUUAUUUGAAUACACUCGUAUUUCAAUUUACGUUAAUGCUUUAUUUGGGAAGGCAACAAUGUAUUGUAGCAAUUGUGUCUAGGUUUAGUCCAUUUGAUUUACUAAUAUGAUCAUUUGAACACACUAGUAUUUCAAUUUAUAUUAAUGCCUUAUUUGAGAGGGCAACAAAGUAUUGUGGCAAUUGUGUCUAGGCUUAGCCCAUUUAGUUUAUUAAUAUGAUUAUUUAACACCCUUGUAUUUCAAUUUAUGGUAGUUGUGUCUAGGUUUAGCCCAUUUGGUUUAUUAUUAUGAUCAUUUGAACAUGCUCGUAUUUUAAUUUACGUUAACGUUAAGUCAAGUGACACGUAUAUUGAACAAAUUCUUAGAAAUUGUCGGUUAUGGAUUAAGAAAAAUUUAGAUACGAAACGUAUUUCUCAAAUGAUUAAUAUUAAAUCGAUCGGAAAAUUAAGAAUAUUAAAUCGAUCGGAAAAUUAAGAAUAGGAUUUUAAAAAAUUGAAAGUGGACGAAGUGGUACAAUUUUUUUUUCAUUUUCCAUACACUUGGUCACAAAUAAGACAAGUAGUGUUGUUACUAUCACCAGAGAAUUCCAUUGAAAUAAAUGCACUUUAUGGUUAUAUUUAGUAAUAAAAAAGGGUAUUUACUUUUAUAGUUAACCACGUAAUUUGACUUAAUUAUAAUUAAGGACCAAAAAUGAAGAAAUGGUUAAGAAUACUUUAACCGUGCAAUUAAUAUAGGCUAUGUUUUUAUUCUAAUAUGGCAAUAUGCUGACCUAUUAUUAUGACCUGUUAAACAUUUUGACGAAGAAUACAUUUUUUGUUGAGAGAAACUCAGCAACUUGGUAAAAAUCCAUAUGGUGUUUGCUUUAUUUUGAUACUUUCUAUUAUACUGCAAGUUGCAUUCACCUUUUGUUCCUCCCCUUAAUUUUAUCCUUUACAUUAUUUUUCUCUUUUUUUUUCUAAUCCCAUUUUUGGUGCUUCCUUUAAUGGGGGUGGGGGGAGAUUUUUUCCUAUUUAUUUCCAUAUUUGAAGGGUCUUGGCCAUAUAUUUCUCUUUUUGUGGAAGGGCCUAAUAUUGUUGACUUUUCGAAAUUCUUAUUUCUUCAAUUAUUAUAUAGAUUGAUGGUGAGGCUUUUAGCGUAUACAAAUAGACUAAGAUUUUUAUCACAUUUCUAUUGAAUUUAAUGAUUAAUUUUACUAAUUUGUAUAAGCAUAUCUCUAAUGGUACAUAUAUAUCUGUUCCUAAUCACCCACACAAGGAUUAGUCUAAUCAGUAAAGAAACUGAUAUGUUACUCAAAUUCAAGCAGAUAAGGGUGUAUUUAAAAUUUUUAAAUUUUUUAUAUAUUUGGAAAGUAGCAAAAUUUAUUAAACACUAAUAAAAAAUACAAUGCUUAAAAAAUCAGAACAACAUAAAAUUUCCUUCUUAGUCAAAAUUUAACCUUUUAGGGAGCGCUCUAAGAGUGAAUCAUGAAUGCACCUAAGAUUUAUAUAAUUUUAUAUAUGUCAACUCAUGAUUUUAAUAUGAAAUUUACAACUUUAAUUGUGCAAGGGAUAGAUAAAUUUCCUUAUUUUUCUCCUAUGUCUCUUUUUAAUACAAAUAUCGAAUAUUUUUUCAUGUUACCAAACAAGUCCCAACAUUAUGCUUAAAAUUUCAGUUACACCCCAAUUUUGAUUCUAUAUAAACAUAUUUGUGCUUACCAGAGUCAUUCUGAAGACGACAAAAAGAUUUCAGGGGUACACACUAGAUGUCAAAACCAGUUUGCAACAUAUGUUUCAACUACGUCUGUGGCUGUUUUUCUUUUCAUCUUUGUGCCAUCUUUGCACAUGCUUCUACUUUGUCAACACUUCUUGAUGUCUUUUUUAUCAUUUAAACGGAAAAACUUGUCUUUGUUCUUCUGCCAUUCUUAUGUUCUUUGGCUUUCCUUAAAACCCCUUUAAUUGUCUCAUCAUCUCUCUCAACACCAUGCCAUCAGUUUUUUUUCCCUUCAAUUUUUCUCUGUAAUUUCAAAGUUUUGUGGAUGUCGGUUUUCUCUUUGGUCUGGUUCUGAAUUUUGUAGAUGGAGCAUUUGAAAUGGUGAAUGUUCCUAGGUUGUUUUAGAGAAAGCUGAUCUUUUUUUGUUUCAGAAUGGAAUAUUUUCAAGAGUGUGUGUCACCUUCUUCCUCUUUGUCUUUGUCUUCUACUUCAUCUUCUUCCCCUCUCCCGCACCCUUCAUCACCUUCAUCUUCUUUAUCCUUCUCUUCUUCUUUCUCUUCAUCUAAUCCCCAUCCAUUGUCAAUUGACACUGAAUUAUGGCUGUUGUCUGAGCAAAGAACCCAGGAGAUACUUUGUAUCAUUCAACCUUCUUUGGUUUCUGAACAAAAUCGACAAAAUAUUAUUGCUUACUUUCAGAGGCUAAUCAAAGGUUACUAUGGAAUUGAGGUGUUCCCAUUUGGCUCAGUUCCGUUGAAAACCUUCCUUCCUGAUGGAGAUAUUGAUUUGACUGCUCUUAGUCAUCAAAAUAUGGAGGAAAAUUUGGCAAGAUAUAUCUGCAGUAUCUUACAAGAUAACCAGCAGACCUCUGAGGUUCUAGUACAGGAUGUUCAAUAUAUUCGUGCACAGGUUAAAAUAGUGAAAUGCACUGUGAAUGACAUACCGGUGGACAUCUCUUUCAAUCAAACGGCUGGUCUAUCUGCACUUUGCUUUCUGGAGAAGGUUGACCAAAUAAUUGGAAAAGAUCAUCUUUUCAAACGCAGUAUUAUUUUGAUCAAGGCCUGGUGCUAUUACGAGAGCCGGAUCCUUGGUGCACACCAUGGCUUGAUUUCUACAUAUGCAUUAGAAACAAUGAUUUUAUAUAUCAUUAAUGUCUUUCAUUCAUCCUUAUUUGGUCCACUAGCGGUCCUUUAUAAGUUUUUGGACUACUAUAGCACAUUUGAUUGGGCAAAUUACUGCAUCAGUUUAACUGGUCCGGUUUUGGUAUCUUCCCUUCCAGCAGUUGUGGCUGAGAGUCCGGAAAAUGAUGGAGAUGAACUUCUGCUUAGUAGGGACUUUUUGAAUCAUUGCAGAGUAGCAUAUUCUGGUUCAAUGCAACCACUUGAGAUUGGGCCCAACGUUUUUCCCGUCAAGUAUUUGAACAUCAUUGAUCCUUUGAAAGAAAGCAACAACCUAGGCCGAAGCGUAAGCAAAGGUAGUUUCCAUCGAAUUAGAUGUGCCCUUUCCUUUGGGGCCCAAAGGCUAAGCGAAAUCCUGAUGCUACCGGGUGAAAACAUGGGUAUGGCACUCGAAAAGUUCUUUGUUAAUACUUUGGAUAGGAACGGGAGAGGACAGAGGCCGGAUGUACAAAUUCCUGUACAUGCCUUUGGUACUGGAAAAUCUGAAGUUUGUGAUCUUAGUGGAGACUAUAACAGUUACUAUAACGGACUACUAUAUAGCCAAUGGUAUCAUAACUAUGCAUUGAACCUUCCUUACCAUCCAACCGCUUUAUCAUCGUCAUCAUCUUCUCAGACACAUAGAUACAGUGCGUGGGAUGCCUUACGGCGGCUCGUUAGGUGCAAACGCAACAGUUAUUACCGUAAGGGCACGAAUGUAUUUAUCCCAAGACCACCAUACUCUCAUCCUAGUGCUCUCCAGUUACCAGCUGCUACAUAUGGUACGACAAAGUCGAGAGGAACGGGCACUUUUUUCCCCGAGAUGAACCAUCUGUCUUAUAGAAAGAUGCAAGCAAACGUCUCUUCUAAUCCCGUUCUGGUGCAAAACCCUCUGAAAGAAACUGAUCCCACUGGUGACAAUGGUGGAAAUGGUGACAGUCAUGAUCUUGACCUUUCGACCGAACAAUUCCCUCAUCUUCCAACCACCGAAAGGACCAUGAUAACCCAUCAAUCUAUUCCUCCUGCACCAAAGAAUCCACAGGCUAAGAAUCCCUCCCAGUGCUUACCGGUUCUCAAAUUUGGUAACAUUUAUGAGUCUUCAUCUCCAACGGACACAUAUUCCCCUCCACCUGUGCUGACAGAAUCCAGGUUAUGCUUGCCUCCAAUUGAAAAGCCAAAGGGCUUCAGUGAGUUCGACAGUGCAGGACUAUCACAGAACCUUUCCAACUGAAAGAUAACAAUGAUUUCCCUCCUUUAGUAACAAUGUGAACCCAGUUUUCAGGGAGACUGCAACUGCAAGUUGAUUGAACGAACAAUUGACGUAUCCGAGCUGUCGGUAGUACCACAGUUUUGUAAGUUAGAGGGACAUAACCAAAGAUGGGACUUUGUUUUAUCAUUUAAAAAAUCUUUUAGGGUGAUUCUAAUCAAACAGUUAUAAACCCUUCUUAUAUUUCAAUUGCGAUAUAAAUUUAAAGUUUGAUUAGCAA